AGGAGAAUUCCGAAGACCAAGAUAUACUGGGCAUGGCAGAGGCCAUAAGGGCACAGUAUAAGAAGGUGUGUGCUAUGUUGAAGAUACCUUCUGGUAAUCCUUUUGAUGCUGGCGUUUCUUUUUAGAUCACUUGCACUUGUGUUAUAGAAAUUGGUGACAACAACGGUACCACAAACACCCAAACCGGAGACAAUAUUGAAAGCAUUGCCUACAAUGGAUACUACUGCUUCUAAAAUACGUCGCCAUCUAGACUCCAUAACGCGGUAUUUAACUCCUCUACUGCCUAUCGCUAAUUGUCACAUGGUAGAGUUUCUCACAGAGAACCACUGGGAGACAUUAAUACCAACACCAUUGAGAGAAAGUUUGGAAAAACGUGAACUAAAUGAUUGUGUUGAAAAGUUUUGGGUGGCUGCUGAAGGCAAAAGUUCUGGUACACCAGAACUGGACGCGUGGGUGCAGGAGGCCCGUGCACAUUACAUAACGUUCAAUGAGUACACUAUAACGGCGAGGCAACUACAGGAUCGCAUCAAGGCGUGGGGCGGAGAUUUGCAGCCCGAAAUUCGAGUUUCCGAGUUUAUGAAUAGCAAAAAGAGUUAUGAAGUGCAAACAAUGUCCCAUCUUGUAGCAUCCUUGCACAAGGCAUGCGGCGCAACGUGCUGUGUAGAAGCGGGUGGAGGUCGAGGACAUCUUCUGGCAGCUCUGGCAUUGGGCCACGGCGUGCCCAGUCUCACGAUAGACUGCGAUCCUGCUGCUGUGCAGACGGCUGCGCAACGUGUUAGGCUUAUACAGAAGCAAUGGCACGCUAUAGCGAAGAGGGUCUACAACGGUACAGAGGAGGAAAUGUCCAAAAACAUCAACUGCGAUAUUCACAGAUUCGCCACCGCGUUUAUCACAGAGAAUACAGACCUGACUACCGUCGUGAGGGAGGCAUUUCCCGAUCAUGAUCAAGUUAAGCUGUUAUUGACAGGUCUUCAUACCUGCGGUAACUUAGGUCCAGACUCGCUACGUAUCUUCAGGACCCAGCCUACUACUGCUGCUAUUUUCAAUGUCCCUUGUUGCUACCAUCUCCUCACCGAGGAGUUGGAUGAAGGAGUCUUUGAUUGCUUCCAGAGGAACUUUGGAACAGGUGGAAAGAGUCAAGGCUUUCCUAUGUCGGAGUAUCUGAGAGGCUUCAACCUUGGUCGUAAUGCGCGUAUGUUAGCCGCUCAAUCUAUAGACCGCGUUGUAAGUCAACGACAGUUGCCAGUCCAGAGUCUGCUCUACAGAGCCUUAUUACAGGUAAUAAUUAAAGAAAAUCGCCCUAACUCAUCUCUCCCCGAAGGCAAACUAAAACGCUUGUCAAAAUGCGAGAAUUUCGAGCAAUAUCUCAAAAUGGCCGACUCCAUUCUCAAUUUGAACCUUUUUGACAGUUCAACAAGGGUUUUGUCAGAACUAUAUCCAAAUAUUGACCAACAAUGGAAGAAAAUGACAUUAUUUUAUCUGCUACGAUUGUGUUUGGCACAAGUCAUUGAAAGCGUUAUUUUGUUAGAUAGAUUAUUGUAUUUAAAUGAAAAUGGUUUUGACAAAGUGUUUUUGGUAAAACUGUUCGAUCCGGUAUUGUCGCCAAGAUGUCACAGCAUUGUCGCUGUCAGAUGA